ACUGUUUAUUCAACAUUCAAAGAAAUAAACUCACGCACUAAUCACUACUACACAAAUCACACAAACACACAGUUGCAAGAGAAAGAGAGCGAGAUUCCGAUGGCGACUCUGGAUUCCGACGUGCCUAUGGUUCCCGCUGGCGAGCCCUCGAGCAGCGCCGGUCCUUCUUCCAAGAAGCCCAAGCGCUUCGAGAUCAAGAAGUGGAACGCCGUCGCUCUCUGGGCUUGGGACAUCGUUGUCGAUAACUGUGCUAUCUGCCGGAACCACAUCAUGGAUCUCUGCAUCGAGUGCCAAGCCAACCAGGCUAGCGCCACUAGCGAGGAAUGCACUGUGGCAUGGGGAGUCUGUAACCAUGCUUUUCACUUCCAUUGCAUUAGUCGAUGGCUCAAGACCCGUCAAGUUUGUCCUCUAGAUAACAGUGAGUGGGAGUUUCAGAAAUAUGGCCACUAGAACUAUGACGUGGUUGAGCUCCUUGGACAUUUGGAAUGUCUAUCCUAGCUUUUGAACAUUUACAGCUCUAUCUGUUAUUUUCCUUUGCUUUCCUACUGAAUUUAUUAUGUUCAAGAAAUCAGCUUGUCUGAUGGAAUUUUAUAUACACGGUGGUAAUAUGUAAAGUUUUAUUUUAAUGUUUUGAUUUACGUAUUUCAUAUGCUUCCUUUCAGCUGUUUGUAUUUGUGGUGUUUGAGUUGUGUGAGUUGGUUAAUUUUUCUCCCUUUCCAUGUAUUGCUCUGUAGUUGAUGAUAAUUGAUAAUGGUUCUUAUUUACUUCAAUUUUAAAUCGCAUUCAAGGAUA